GGCAAUUACCUAGUAAGGAGGAGAUCCGUCUUGACCGGACCAACUGUCCUUCUGCACACUUCCACUUAGACGCUUAGGCCUCUCUCUCUCUCUCUCUCUCUCUCUCUCUCUCUCUCUCUUAUAUAUUAAGCCCUUUUCUCACGUACCCAUUUUCCAACUGCUCUGCCUCUGCCUCUGUUUCCUAACCUUUCAAUAUUUAAGCACCAACUUUUUUUUCUUUUUUCUUUUUUCACUCUUAAAAUUUAGUGUUCAGCAAAAUACAAAUCAAAACAAAACCAAUAAAGGGUUUCACAAUGCACGGUUAUUCUUUCUAUGGGAAAGCCUCCAAGGCUUUCCAUCAGUACCCAUCACUGUCCAAGCUUCUUCUUGUUUUCACUGCCAGUGGAGGAGGUCUAUUGGCAAUUACAGGAGGCCAAACAUCCCCUAAUCCAGCAUAUGCUGAUGCAGUACAAGCGCACGGGGAAUGUAAGAAAAAGAAGGUGGUAGUACUUGGUACUGGUUGGGCAGGAAUGAGUUUCUUGAAAACUUUGAACAACCCAUCUUAUGAUGUUCACGUCGUCUCGCCUCAUAACUAUUUUGCAUUCACUCCUUUGCUACCGAGUGUUACUUGUGGCACAGUCGAAGCACGUAGCAUUGUCGAACCAAUUCGCUGUAUUACCAAGAAAAAAGAUGUGCAGUUCAGGGAAGCUGUGUGUUACAAGAUUGAUGCAGAGAAGAAGAAAGUAUUUUGUCGAUCGAGUCAAGAAACAAAUUUGGGUGGUAAGGAAGAAUUCAGCAUAGACUACGACUAUCUAAUAAUAGCCAUGGGAGCCAAAUCAAACACAUUUAACACCCCAGGUGUGGAGGAACAUGCUCACUUCUUAAAGUCAGUAGAGGAUGCUCUGAAAAUCCGUCAGUCAGUGAUCGACUGCUUCGAAAGGGCAAGUCUUCCUAGUGUAAGUGAAGAAGAGAGGAGGAGAAUCCUUCAUUUUGUAAUAGUUGGGGGUGGACCAACAGGGGUUGAGUUUGCAGCUGAGCUUCAUGACUUCGUAAAUGAGGAUUUAGCCAAGUUAUAUCCUACAGUUAAAGACUAUGUCAAGAUUACAAUUCUUGAGGCAGGGGAUCACAUUUUGAACAUGUUUGACAAGAGAAUUACUGCUUUUGCUGAAGAAAAAUUCCAAAGAGAUGGUAUUGAUCUGAAAACAGGUUCAAUGGUGGUAAAGGUAGCUGAAAAAGAAAUCUCUACUAAAGUAAGAGCUACUGGACAAUUUGUAACCCUACCUUAUGGAAUGGCAGUCUGGUCGACUGGCAUUGGACCACGUGCUGAAGUGAUGGAUUUUAUGAAGCAGAUUGGUCAGAGCAACAGGCGUGCUUUGUGUACUGAUGAAUGGCUGAGGGUGGUCGGAUGUGAUAACAUAUAUGCUCUAGGUGACUGUGCAACCAUAAAUCAACGCAGAGUUAUGGAAGAUAUUGCAUCAAUAUUCAGCAAGGCAGACAAGGACAAAUCCGGGACUUUGAGCAUAAAAGAGUUUCAAGAAGUCGUAGGUGACCUCUGCGAGAGGUAUCCACAGUUGGAGAUUUAUUUGAAGAAUAAACAGAUGAAAAAUAUGGCCGACUUACUGAAAACUUCUCAAAGCGAGUCUGUUGAAGUGGAUAUUGAAACAUUUACAUCUGCUCUUUCAGAAGUGGAUUCCCAGAUGAAAAAUCUUCCUGCAACAGCUCAGGUAGCUGCUCAACAAGGUGCCUACCUUGCCAACUGUUUCAACCGUAUGGAAGAAUGUGAACAGUGUCCUGAAGGUCCUCUCAGAUUCAGGGGUGUAGGGCGUCACAGGUUUCAUCCAUUCAGGUACAAGCAUUUUGGGCAAUUUGCCCCUCUGGGAGGAGAACAAACUGCAGCCCAACUACCAGGGGAUUGGAUUUCCAUUGGUCAUAGCACUCAGUGGCUCUGGUACUCCGUAUAUGCAAGUAAGCUAGUAAGUUGGCGUACUAGGAUAUUGGUGAUUUCUGACUGGGGAAGAAGAUUCAUAUUUGGAAGGGACUCCAGUCGAAUUUGAGCAUGGUGAGGAGAAUAUACCGGGUCGCAACUUCAUUUACCACUUUGUUUUCUAAUUUAGGCAUAUUGAAAGUAGAUUCUUCUACUUUCUCUGGGAGCUUCAAAACUUCCUAUGUUUGUAUGGUUCAGAUUCUUGCAUUAACAUUUCAAAUGCUUAAUACCUACAUUUUGAUAGUGAAUUAUCAUUUGACAUUAUAAAGGGGACUACAACUUCAUGGCAA